CACCCCUCCAAGAUUGUUAGCUUCAUUUCUCUCCUCCUCCACCUUCUGCGCUUUUUACAGUGAGCGCUCGUCCUCGCUAAGCAGCACCGAUCCAGGAAAAUAAUAGGUGUCCAGACUCUGGCCACCAUGAGCUUACCUGCCAUUGGGAUCAUUGGUGCCAUCAAUGAAUGCGUCACUUUGUUUCAGUGGGCCAAAUCUGCCAUUUCAUCUCUGCAUUCCCGAUGGAGUGGCUCACAGGAGCAAAGCCUCCAGGAUGGUGUGUUGCUAUUGGAGAGUGGACUACAGCGCCUCAGGGAUACUCUUCCUGCAAUGUAUGACCUAAUCGACGAAGCAGAGUGGAGAAGCCAUGAGAAAAGUGUGGCCAAACUCCUUCCCAAUCUCAAGGAUGCAGUGUAUGAGGCCGAGGACCUUCUCGAUGAGUUCAAAUGGUAUGAGAUGAAGGUGCAAGUGGAGGUCAUUGCAAGCCAAUCUUCUUUUAUUGAAUUUUUUGAUACGGUCAUCCAAGGCAGCUUCAACAAACUGAAUGAUGUCCAAUUGAGGUUGGAUCACCUUUCAAGACAAUUGGAGAAUAUGGGACUUUGUGGAGUUACACAACACUUUGACAAAUCAGUCAGGCCUGAGACCACCUCUCUGCCAAAUGAAACAAAAAUAUUUGGUCGUGACGAAGAGCUGGAGCAGGUGUUGGGAUUUCUUAAUGUACCUACAAAUUCAAAACGCAAGCGAGCAACUAGUUCAACAAAUGCAUCAACAAGCGCAUCAGCAAGCGACCAAGUUAGUAAUGAAUCAAGAAUAUCUAGUAUUCCUGUUCUGUCAAUAGUUGGAAUUGGGGGUGUAGGAAAGACUACUUUGGCCCAACAUAUCUCCAACCAUCAACGAGUGAAGUCACACUUUGAGCUAAUAAUUUGGGUUUGUGUCUCAGAUGAUUUUGACGUAAAGAGGUUAGCUAAAGAGGUCAUACAAUCUUGUAAUGGAAAGGAGGCGACAUCUGAUAAUUUGGACGCUCUUCAACGUGCGCUUUCAAACCAUGUGGACAAAAGAAGGUUAUUGAUUGUCCUUGAUGAUAUGUGGGAUGAUGCCCUGAAGGAAAAUGGGCAGUGCUGGAAGAGGUUUUGUGCACCUUUUAGAAGUGUCCAAGAGGGAAGUGUGAUGUUGGUCACCACUAGAUGUCCAACAGUUGACGAGGGGGUGCGCACAAUGGAUCCUGUUAUAUUGGAAGGUCUAGAGGAUGACGUUUUUUGGAAUUUCUUCAAAUUGUGUGCAUUUAGAUCUGAGAGUUCUUACCGUAAUCCCGAGUUGGAGUGCAUUGGUAGAAAAAUACUUCCUAAACUGAAGGGUUCUCCCUUGGCUGCCAAAACUCUCGGUCGCAUGUUAAGCACGGAUCUUCAAGCAUCACAUUGGAAUUCUAUACUUCAGAGUGAACUUUGGGAGUUGAGUCAAGAGGAGACUGAUAUUUUGCCUGCCCUUCGGUUGAGCUUCAUGUAUUUGCCAUUCCAUUUGAAGCAAUGUUUCUCAUUCUGUGCUGUGUACCCAAAAGAUUACAAAUUUGAGGAGGGUUCCUUAGCUGAGAUUUGGAGAGCAGAAGGCUUUGUGCAUCCUCAAGGUGGUGCUACAAUUCUAUCUACAAGUUUGCAGUAUUUUGAAGACCUUGUAACUCGGUCCUUCUUUCAAAGGGUCGGUAGUAGAUAUGUAAUCCAUGACUUGCUGCAUGAUAUGGCACAAAUGGUUUCAGUGCAUGAUUGCUUCAUCUUAAGGAAUAAGAAUGACUUUAAUAAAGUUCCCAAAAGUGUUCGUCAUCUGUACGUACUCCCUGGUGGUGACUUUGAUGAUUCCAACUUGUUGAGACUAUGCGAGUUCACAAAGCUGCGUACCCUCAUCUGUGAGAAGAAAUUAGGGAAAAAAUCAGUAUCUGCGGUGGAUCAGUGGGGUAACGAACUUCUGCGUAUGCGUGUUUUUUCUUGUGCCUUCAUAAAUGAGUUACCAGAUAGUAUUGGCAACUGGAAGCAUCUUCGGUACCUUGAAAUAUCCAAAGCUUGUCCUUUGAAGAGGAUUCCUUCAACUAUAUGUUGGCUAUAUAAUCUGCGGAUUUUAUUUGCUAGGAAAUGCAAGCCGGAAAGCUUGCCCAAUGACUUUGGUAAGUUGAUCAAUUUAGAGAGGUUUCGUGCACAUGGACUUUCAUAUCAUGCCGGGACUGACAUGACUAUUGAUUCAGCCAAGGAGUUAGGACAGGGAAUUAGGUUAAUGAAGAAUCUGAACCAAUUUCAUGGAAAGUUGACUAUAGAAAAUGUUGGUAACCUAAGCAAGGAGUAUGCAGCAGAAUCUGAACUGAAGAAUAAGAAAUAUCUAGAAGUGUUGUCACUGAGGAUGCGUUCAUUGAUGGAAGGCUCCCCCAAGUCUGAAAUCAUCCAGAACAAAGAAGUCCUUGAAGCUUUGCAACCUCCUACCAGUCUAAAGUCUCUGUAUCUUGCUGAUUAUGACGGUGCCUCCCUCCCAAGCUGGUUUCAGCCACAGAACUUGCCAAGCUUAAAAUUUCUUUCUUUUGGAAGAUGUGUUCGACUUGAGAGCAUAUCAUCUCCCUCGAUGUUAGGGUCAGUACCAACUGAAAGUAUUGGGGAUUUUCAUUCCCUUGAAGAACUGAAAAUGAGUAUCUGUCCAAACAUCCAGCCCCAAAGAUUGGUAUCACCGUCCCUCAAGAAGCUCCAUCUCUGGGAUGCUGGUCUCUUUUGCAGUAUUGACUGCUUCUCCCUCACAGACUUCAAUUUAGAAUGUGAGUAUGUCACGUCCAUCCAACUAGAAAAGUGGAGUCUUCCGUCUCUACGGAGUUUGAGCAUUGACUGCAGUUCUCUUGCAUAUAUUGGAGGCAACACUACAACAUUCCCGUCCCUUAAAGUCCUAAUCGUUACAUUCUGUUAUAAGUUGUUAACCCUUGAUGGCAUCCUAACGCAAGAAUCCCUACCCGCUAUUGAGGAAAUUGACAUCCAACAAUGCCCCAAGCUACUGUCUCUGCCCAUUGCAAAUUUUCCUAAUCUGAAACACCUGGUGGUUGAUAGGUGCCCAAGUCUCAACUGGCAGAGGGGAUUGGUGUUACCAUCCUCGCUCCAAAAGCUCGGCUUAACACAAUGUGGAGAUAUCUCACCAUAUGUCCCCAGCUGCCUAGAGAACCUCACAUCCCUUGUCUCACUGAGCAUUGGUGGCCAGGGUAUAACAUCCAUUCCAGGCGACAUUUGGCAUAGUAAUCUUGCAUCACUGGAGGAGUUGGUGAUUUCGGGCUGUCCAGACCUAAUUUCAAUUGGUGGAGCAAAGGCAGUUAGGAAAAUAAAGGAGUUGGUAAUCACCGCGUGUCCAAACUUAAAGAAAGAGGAGCAAAUCUUUAGAACCGGCCAAAGGUAUCUAUGCUUACACUUGUUACUUCUCUGUUGUUCGAAAUUCCCUAUAUACUGGAAAUAACAAUCCAUGUUUA